AUAAAAUUAGCACCUCCCAAGCUAAGCAGCAGCAUAUUCCUCCACCUCUCUGCCUGAAAUAGUCCCCUCGAGCCUUUGACUUAUAAAGAGUUGUGCAUCCAACCUUUGUGCACAUACUUACUCACUUCACGGAUACUUCCUACUACUUUUAUUAACAACUAUUACUACUACAUUUCAAGAUCCAGCUAUUAAUCAGUUCAAACACACUACAUUAAACUACUGUCCUUAUGUGUGUGUCUCUACAUAUAUUGCCUAUGAAUCUGUGAUGGGUAUCUCUUGUUCUGUCUCAUUAUCUCAUAUAAUGGUACUAUGAUUGCUUCUUGCUUCUCAAAAUCUGAUCUUUUUCACUCCACCCCAUUUGCUUAAGUUCCCAAGAUUUGAGCUUUUUUGUGACAGAAAUGGCACCUAGCUCUGUGGUUGUGACAAUUGAGAAGGCCAGUAACAUUUCUUUGAUAGAAAUCAAUGAUUCUAAGUCAUCAGUGUUUCAGGAGAAACAGAAGGCUGCUAGCACUAGACAAGUCACUUGGUUCUUUUUGCUAAGAGUUCAGAGACUCUUUUCUUGCAUUUCAUGGCUAGCCACAUCUUUUAAGGCUGUCUUUUCUUUGAUCAGGAAAAGGGUUGCAUUAUCUGAUGAUGUUGGGGAAGAAGAUCCCAAAUAUAGAGGGAGAUUGUAUAGUUUUAUAAGGGUGUUUCUUGCUAUUUCUGUGGUUGCUUUGGUUAUUGAAGUUACUGCUUAUUUUCAAAGAUGGGAUUUGAAUUUGAAUUUGAUUCAUCCAUUGGAAGUUCAAAGCCUUGUUCAUUUGUCUUAUAUGGCUUGGAUUUCCUUUAGGGUGGAUUAUGUUGCUCCUGCAAUUAUGAUGCUUUCUAAGUUUUGCAUUGUGCUUUUCAUGAUUCAAUCUGUUGAUCGUCUCGCGCUUGGGAUCGGGUGUUUUUUGAUUAAGUUUAAGAAGUUGAAGCCGGAGAUUAAAGGUGAAGCAUAUGAUGUUGAGGAUUGUUCAAGUUUUCCGAUGGUUCUUGUUCAGAUUCCAAUGUGCAAUGAGAAAGAGGUGUUUGCAACUUCAAUAUCUGCUGCUUGUCAACUGGACUGGCCAAAGGACCGAUUCCUCAUUCAAGUCCUCGAUGAUUCUGAUGAUUCACUUUUACAGCUACUUAUUAAGAACGAGGUCUCUUCAUGGAAAGAGAAAGGAAUCAAUAUAAUCUACAGACACCGCUUCAUUCGAACUGGUUAUAAAGCGGGCAAUCUAAAAUCUGCAAUGUCCUGUGACUAUGUCAAGGAUUAUGAAUUUGUUGCUAUAUUCGAUGCAGAUUUCCAGCCCAAUCCGGAUUACCUUAAACUGACAAUACCUCAUUUUAAGGGAAACCCCGAUAUAGGCCUUGUUCAGGCUCGCUGGUCUUUUGUGAACAAGGAGGAGAAUUUACUCACAAGACUCCAAAAUAUAAAUCUAUGUUUCCAUUUUGAGGUCGAGCAACAAGUGAAUGGUUAUUUCCUCAAUUUCUUUGGAUUCAACGGUACAGCUGGUGUGUGGAGGAUUAAGGCAUUAGAGGAGUCGGGAGGUUGGCUGGAAAGAACAACUGUAGAGGAUAUGGAUAUAGCCGUCCGAGCCCACUUAAAUGGAUGGAAAUUUGUCUAUCUAAAUGAUGUCAGAGUUCUCUGUGAACUACCAGAGUCUUAUGAAGCGUAUAAAAAGCAACAACAUCGUUGGCAUUCUGGUCCAAUGCAGUUGUUUAGAGUAUGCCUUCCUGCAGUUCUGAGUUCCAAGAUAUCCAAGUGGAAGAAAGCUAAUUUGAUACUUCUUUUCUUUCUCUUAAGGAAACUGAUUCUUCCAUUUUACUCAUUCACACUGUUUUGUAUCAUACUACCACUAACCAUGUUCAUACCUGAGGCCGAGCUACCCGUUUGGGUAAUCUGUUAUGUCCCUAUAACCAUGUCUAUUUUAAACAUACUUCCGUCACCAAAGUCUUUCCCUUUUCUGAUGCCAUACCUUCUUUUUGAGAACACAAUGUCUGUGACAAAAUUCAAUGCAAUGAUCUCCGGGCUAUUUCAGUUGGGAAGUUCUUAUGAAUGGGUAGUGACAAAAAAGACAGGUAGAUCAUCUGAAUCGGACUUGUUUGCUCUUGGUGAAAGAGAAUCAAAAACAUUAAGCGAAGAGAAAAUUCAACGGAGACUUUCAGAAUCUGGUCUAGAAAUGUUGGGGAAACUUAAAGAACAAGAGGCCCCCGUGGUAAAAAAGAAAAACAGGCUGUACAGAAAGGAACUUGCUCUUGCAUUUCUUCUACUCACUGCAGCUACAAGAAGCCUGUUAUCGGCACAUGGCAUUCAUUUCUACUACUUACUGUUCCAAGGCUUGUCUUUCCUUGUUGUUGGAUUAGACUUGAUCGGAGAGCAGGUCAGCUGAAUCACACCUCACACAUAAAUUUCUUAAUCUCUAAAUUUUCAAUGUUAUUUUUUUUUUAUUUUGGUUAUAUUUUUACACACGGUUGAAGAGCUGUUCAAAUUUCAGUUCUGCAUAAUGACAAGUUUGGCUUCAAACCAGACUUGAGAAAACAAAAUUAGUUAGGAACAAUGUGGUGCUUAAAUUAGCAUGUUUGUAUCGGCACAUAUUAUAGUUGAUUUUUUUGAUUGUAUAAUUAAUAGUAUUUCAACUAAUCAUGUACUCAUCAUAUUAUACAUUAAUAUCCUUUAAUGUUAUUGUACAACUGGUUAUCUA